AUGUGCUUGAUUUUUUGCGAACAGAUUGAUGAGUCUUCUGCAUCAAUUUCUCUGGCGCAGCUUAUUAAGACUGCCAAUCUGGCUGAAGCCAACGCUUCCGAAGAAGACAAGAUAAAAGCUGUGAUGAUACAGUCUUGCCGACAGUAUGAUCCAAUCAAUUACAUGAAGAAAUCCUUGGGUCUACCUCCACCAUCAUAUACUUGUUUUCGUUGCGGAAAUCCUGGCCACUAUAUAAAGAACUGCCCAACAAAUGGGGACAAAAAAUUUGAGUCUGUUCCCAGAAUUAAAAAGAGCACAGGAAUUCCAAGGAGUUUCAUGGUGGAGGUGAAAGAUCCCAAUACGAAGGGUGCUAUGCUGACCAAGACAGGAAAAUAUGUGAUACCAACUAUUAAUGCGGAAGCUUAUGCUAGAGGAAAGAAGGAGAAGCCUCCCUUCUUACCAGAGGAGCCAUCCUCUUCCUCCUCAGACGGUGAUCCUCUUCCAGAGGAGUUGAUAUGUCUCAUUUGUAGAGAUAUCUUGACUGACGCCGCUGUUAUUCCCUGCUGUGGAAACAGUUAUUGUGAUGAAUGUAUUAGAACAGCAUUACUGGAAUCUGAGGAACAUACAUGCCCAACAUGUCACCAGACAGAUGUUUCUCCUGAUUCUUUAAUUGCCAACAAGUGCCUACGCCAGGCUGUGAACAACUUCAAAAAUGGAACUGGCUACACAAAAAGGCGCCGUAAGCAGAUUCAGCAGCAACAGCAGCAGCAGCCGCCACCACCUCCGCCGGCGCUCAUGGCUCCAACACCUCCUGCUGCUCUGGUGACGGCCUCUGAACUUGCUAAAUCUUCCUCUGACAAUCAGCACUUUGUUGGAAGAGAACAUAAGUUUUCUUUCAACAUAUGCGUUGAUUCUCAUUCUUUGGUGGAGCUUAUUUUCCAACUGUUUGCAUUUAUUCACCAGGGCUAUCAGGUUCCUGUUCUCAAGCAGCCAGCAUUACCAAGUCUUCUGGGCCCCCAAGGACAAUCAAUACCCACAGCUGUUCAUCCAAUGAGAGCCGGUGGAAUUCGCUCAGCAGGUGCCAGUCCAAGCUGGGAAAUGUCCAAGUUUCCCUGCAGUGCUUCAUCUUACAGUAGAAGUUUGCAUAGCUACUCCGAGGCAAGAUCGGGUUCUUCCCGCACUCGCUCCUACUCUCGAUCAUUUCGUCGUUCCCGUUCUCGUUCCUACUCGCGAUCGCCACCAGAGGGCGAUGGCAUCGAAGACGCUACAAAAUCCAAAGAGAAGACGGUGGAAAAGCCACUGGAAGAUGACAGAGGAAAGAAACAUAAAAAUUACCAGAAGAGAGGACAACAGGAGGAGAAUUAA